AUGGCUGAAGAAACCGUCAAGAAACGUAGACCCUUCAAGAAGUUUUUCUAUCGAGGAGUUGAUUUAGACCAACUUCUGGAUAUGAACUUAGAUCAAAUAGCCCAGCUGAUGCCUGCCCGGAUACGCAGAAGAAUUAACAGAAAACUCCAUAAAAAACACUUGACGCUCCUAAAAAAGCUUAGGAAGAGUAAGAAAGAAUGUCCUUUUGGCGAAAAGCCGGCUGCUGUCAAAACACAUAUUAGAGAUAUGAUUAUUCUUCCCGAGAUGAUUGGGUCGGUCGUUGGUGUUUAUAACGGAAAGUCAUUUAACACUGUUGAGAUCAGACCUGAAAUGCUUGGCCACUACCUCGGAGAAUUUUCAAUAACCUAUAAGCCUGUCAAGCACGGCAGACCUGGUGUUGGUGCUACUCACAGUUCCAGGUUUAUCCCUCUUAAAUAA